UGUUAUUGCCAAAGAUAUCUAACUACAUAAAGUUUAUAAGCACGAUUUAUUUCUACUUGCGUACUUACGUUAUUACCAGAGUAUCUGUUCUGCCUUUCGGCUGUCUUACUAUUCUAUUUUUAUACAUUUUCCUCUUAAAUUUCUUGAAAUAUAUAUAAAGUUUAAGUAAAACAUGGUCAAAGCUUGGUUUAUGGACAAUGAUUCCAGCGAUCAGCGCUUAGAACAUCAUAGAAAUCCACCUGAAUUCAUAUCAAUAGAAGAUUUGUUCAAGAAAACCGGCGUCGAAUAUUUUAACAUUAAUGUUAACACUUAUACAACAGAUGGGGUUCUGGAUAAAAUCAAAAAAGAAAGAGGUUACACAUAUGAAGAUGAAAUAGCUUGCUCAAAGGAGUGCCUUCCAAAUUAUGAAGAAAAAAUUAAAUCCUUUUAUGAAGAACAUCUUCACACAGAUGAGGAAAUAAGGUUUGUACUCGAGGGCUCCGGUUAUUUUGAUGUACGAGAUGGCAAAGAUGAGUGGAUCCGAAUUGCCGUAUCUGCAGGUGACAUGAUUGUCAUACCAAGUGGAAUUUACCACAGAUUUACUCUUGACACUAAUAAUUUUAUUCGUGCAAAACGAUUCUUCAUUGGUGAACCAGUCUGGCUUCCGUAUAAUCGACCUGCAGACAACAUGCCAUGCAGAAAGGAAUAUGUAGAAAAGCUGGAAAAGGGUUUUAUAGCUGCAUGCUAGAUCAACCUGUUAUUUUACUGAAAGAAAGAUUCAAUUCUCUUAUUUGUGAAUCAAGAUACGUCUUUUGUAUAAUAUAAUGGUGCAUGUAUAAUUGUGAUUCCGCAUAGUGAUAUUAUUAUAUAGAUUAUAC